AUGAAGCGUAAUAGCGACUGUGUUGCCCAAACAGGAGGUUUAUCAAGCAAAUUUAAUCAUUUUCCCUCAUUUGAGCUUUUUCUUUAAACCGAAAAAAAAGGUUAAGAACCCGGUCCGACCUAUGAAACCCCGGAAAAGCAUCAAAAUCUGAACAAUGCCUUGGAGCGACUCGACAGCUUGUCUUUCACCGAAGAAAGGUUUUUUUUUUCCCAUUUCAAUGAAUUAUAAAGUUUUUUUUUUCAAAGAGGAAGCUUCAUUUUUGAAGAAAGAAAGUUAAUUGUUAAAGCUAUGACUCUAAGAAAAUUCAAAAUCGUGAAAAAGACUCUUUUUAAGAUUCGUUCACAAACUUCCUAAAAAUAAUGUACCGAGCCGGAAAAAUUCCUUUUUUAAAUUCGAUGAGGUUUCGAAAAAAAAAAGAAAUAAGUAAGUAGGUGUAUUGCGGAUUAAUAAGAGGGAAUAAAAAAAUAAAAUUCAGUGAAGCUGAGGACAAUGGUUGGUCUACAGUUGAAGAAUUGGUCCGCAAAUCUGGGGAAGAUUUGGUAGAACCUUUUUCGAAAUCAAAAAAUUUUUCAUCUCAAUUAAGAACGAUAAGCGUCUGAUAAGCAGUACGGAAGAGACUUGGGUCAACUUGCAGCAGUAUUUCGAGCGUUAUGGACCGAUACCCUUGUCGGACCAUAUCACUGCAAUGAUUAUUCGAGGUAAAAUCUGGAUGCAUCUAGAAUGGCUCGGUGCGUUGCACACGCGACGCGUUUCAAACUAAAGUUUUGGUCAUCGAAACUUCCUGAGGGGCUUUUUCUAGGAGGAAAAGACCACCAGAACCUUUUUUAACGUUUAUUUCAAUUACGUGUCCGAUAAAUGACACGAAUGUCUUUGAAAAAAGUUUUUGCCGCCAAAAGUUGAACAGAAAUCCUGAUUAAACAUUAAAGGGUGCCUUUUUGAGUGUGUCAAUCAUUUUAUGCAAACUCUAAAAAAUAAUUUUGUUCAUAGUUUCUCCAAAAAAAAGCGAUUUCGGUAGACCACCAGGUUUGCUUCAUCUUCAAUAAUUUUUUUCAGCCGAAAAGAAGACUUAGUUUCAUAUAGAACUCUCACUGUAAAUUGAGACCAAUUUACGAGAAAACCGUUAUGCCGACCGCAACGCAUCGAACCAUUCCCCGUGCGACCAAAACUUUCUUGAUGGGUAAAUUUUUAAGACGCUGCUUUGGGACUGGCUCAACUUCAUUCGCGUCAAAUUUUGCAUGGUGCCGUUCUACCGGAAAAUGUCUACAUUAUGAAAAAAAUCGUCAACAGGUUUUCCUUGUUUCUUUUUAACAAGAAAGAAAAUUUUAAUGUUGAGAUUUUUCUGAACAAAAAGUCAAAAAUCAUCUUUCUUUCACUGGAUGGAAAAAUUGAACUUGCCAGCUUCUCUAGUUUACGAGAAUUGAAGGCGAAAAUUGUAAAAAUGGCCGACUUUUAAAGAUUUUGAUGAUUUUUUGAGUCGUGCCUUGAAAACUAGGGAGAUGUGCAGGUGUGAACUUUCCGGAUCUUCGUCAAGAAAAAUACUGCUUCAGUUUCAGAAAUUUCCAGAGUGCAAACUUAAAAUACCUUAUUUGUUGAUAGAGAUUUUUUCAGCCUCUUCAAAAAAUACUAUAAUAUUUUUCAGGUUUGCUUACUCGUUGACAAGGCAACAACUCGAAAAUCGAACUUGGCUCUAUUGUGAGUCAGAAACGAGAAGAAAAGUAAAGAAAAGACGAGUGUUUUAGUUUUGAAUGUGCGGCCGAUGACGUGUUCCAGCUGGGCGCCCUUUUUCAUCGUUGUAUUGCUGGCGUUCCACCGACUUUUGACGUUUCAUUCAGUUUUUGUACAAUCGAAAACCCUUGCUGGGUUGCUUAAACGAACAUGAACUGAUUUGAAAGGUCUCAAAGCGAAAAGUCGUUUCCAGUGUUAGUUGAGGCCAUGCAGUUGAACUUCCAACAUCCCAGCAAGGAUGUUUGAACAGACUACAAGCUUUUUUUGAAGCUUUUUGUAUUAUUAUAACGAAAAAUUUUAUUUUUCAAAAAAAUAGGAAAAAUUUUUUUUAAUGCUACCUGUAAACUGAACUUUGACUGAAGUCUUGAAAAACUUCACAAAAAAAGCUAUAUAACUUUCCUUUUUCCAACACUUUGACCUUUUUUUCUUUUUCAUGAUUGUCAGAAUCAACUUGAACUUUUGAAUUCAACCAAGCCAGAAUUGAUUUUCAAAAAGAUUUUCUGAAAAAGAAAAAGUUUUUUUUGUUCAUGUUUUUUUAUUCGAAAACUGAGCAGGAACUAAGAAAAAAAGCUUUGUGUUUUUUUGAGGAACUAUUAGAAAAAGGCAAUUUUUUUAAAAAAUAUAUGUCUUAAACUUUUUGAAAAAAAGGUUCAGCAAAAAAACGGGCGAUUUGAUUUUUUUCUGGACCGAAAUUUCCGGACUUGCCCACAGGCUAUUGACUUGGCUAAAAGUUUAUUGACACCGGGAAAAAGGUUUUCACCAGUGCUAUUAUUUUCAUUUAUAAAUGAGAAUUACCCAGAUACCGACCUUUGGCGAGGAGCAUUUUCGAAAAUCCUUGGCUGAAAAAACUGGAUGAAAGCGACGAGCCACGGUUCCUCAACGUUUUCUGA